GAUUCGAUGCAAUUCACAUCCAUAAGCAACUUGAAGGUAAUCCGUUCGAUAUCACUGACUAUGGCUAAGUACGAAUCGAUUUUACUCGAUCAUGUUUCCAAGUUCCAUACUCUGGAGUCUUCUCUGAGGUCAUUGACAUGGCUUUUACCCGGAAAGUUCAAGGAUGCUGAGUUAGCCUCUGAAGUUUUGUCCGCUUCACUGAAUGUAAUGGGCAUGUAUCAAGACAUUCUCUUGGAAAAUAUAGUUCCGAGUAAUGCAAGCAGGAAAUCAAUACCUCGGGUGCCAGCUCAUACUCGUUACACUCAAACUUGGUUAGCUAGUGACAGUGUGUACAAGUGGGUUGCAAGGAUUGUGGAGUUUAUCAGAUUCGUACAGUUGGUCAUCGAGAUGGGUUUGCAGAGGAAAGCUUCUAUACAAACCAAGUGGCGAGGCAUAGUCAUGUUGGAAAUCCUCAAAGCUAUUCUCCGGGUUAUUCUGCUCAAAGUCACCUGCAGGCCCCUGUUAUCUUCACUGCUUCCGCAGCGUCCUAUCGACCUAUCUCAGCCUCCUGCAUUGACUGUCUUGCCUCCUCUAGGACUGCCCGAGUCAUCUCGUACAGCGAUACCCGACCACCUCAAGAAUAAUCACAUUUCUACCCCAGUUCACAUUCUUUUAGCUCCUCAGUCCUCUACAAGCGAGGACCCACCUGUCGACAAUUUUCUCCUUUCCAAAGUUCUAGCUACUUCGCACAUCACACCAUCUCUAUCUCUUGUACGACCUUUUGUGUCACUUCAGGAUUUUAUGGCAGAAAGCAUUUUCAUUCUUCGUCCACUCGUAUAUGCUUGCCUAUUGUCGUCCCGGCGCAGUAAAUAUGCUAUCGCGACUUCUCUUGGUAUGGAAAUGGUAUCUCGAUGUCUUCGACGCACCCCCCCUCCCUCUGCAUUGCUUGAGCGCGCAGAAUACGCCCAUAGGGAUCGAGAUAUGUUAUGGUACCUGCUACGUGGAUCUAUAUGGGAAAGUUACACGCGGCCAAAACUGGAAUAUUUUGCCGAAAAGACAACGACUGCCCCUUUAUUGAGCUUACUCGGUGCAUUAGUGAACGACUGGAUUCCUUUAAUUGAUGAGUAUUACUAUUAUACUGGCCCCUGAUUUCUAGUACUGAACUUGGCCCAAUGUGGUUAGACUGUAUGGAACUAUAUCGCAUCGUUCCAGCUGCUACAUCAUCGUGACCGUGCCUAAGUCACACUUACUAUACUAUUACGCCAAUAGACGAAAUAUGACACGGUUUUACCGAAUAACUCACCAAAUAUAAAACAACAUCCCUUUAAAUUCCGAUCGAACGCCCAAUCCCAGUCAAAAACGACAAAAUUGCCAUAAUUUCGUACCAUUUGUACCAUUUAUAUCCAUAGAAAACGAAUUAAAAACCAAUUUCC